AUGAGCUUUGUCACUCGCCGGGCGCUUUCGACCCUCAUCCCCCCCAAGGUCGCUUCCCCCAAGGCCAUUGGUGCCAACCCCGAUGCCGUCCGCAUGCAGCGUGUCGUCAACUUCUACUCCAAACUUCCCCGUGGCUCCGCCCCUGAGGUCAAGCCCACCGGUCUCCUCGGAAGAUACCAGGCCAAGUACUUUGGCAAGAACCCCAGUGCUGCGCCCAUCGUCCACGCCAUUCUCCUGGUCCUGAUCACUGGUUACGCCCAGAACUACUACUUCCACCUGCGUCACCACAAGAACAACGCCCACUAA